CCCCCUCCCGGCUGCCCCCACGCUCCUGCCUGCAGAGUUUUCCGUCCAGUGUCGGUGUAACAUCGUAAACGAGGACCACCUGACGGUAAGUCCGGACUAAAUGGAAGCAGCGGAGAAAACUCUCACUUACCGAGAUGACACCGGACUUCACAGCAACAAGCUGCUUAAACAUGUUAAAAAGAAGGAGAACAGCAAGGACCAGCACACGGAGACAAAAAGCGAAGAGUCCAAUUAUGUGGAUCUGGACGUGAGACCCGACGGGCUGAAGACGGUGAAAGUGACUUUCACCGGAGAGGGGAACCAGCUGUCUGUGAUCAAAGCGGAUAGCUCGAAGCAGGAGGAGAGCAAAACCUCCUCGGCUGAGUCCCCGCUGGAAACCCUGACCAAAGUCCCCACCGCGGACCCGGACUCAGAGAGCGAGAAGCAGGCUGAGUUGGACUCCAGCGAGUGCAGCGACAGCGGCGAGCUGCGCUACACCGACAUGUGUCUGAACGGCAAGAGCGACGCCGAGCUGUCCGAGUCCCACUACAUCACCACGCACGAGAUCCAGCUCACCGAGCUCGACCACGACGUGGACUACGACCUGGGCCGCGGGACCCGCUGGGAAUUUGAGGACGGCAACCUGGUCUACGCCUUUGUAGAUUACGCCUCUUUCGAGAGCGACGACACCCACGAUGGCACCCUGAUCGUGGAGCGCGGCCGGAGCCAGCUGAAGGCUCAGUCUAAUCUUAGCGGAGCGGCUGUCAGCACCGAGCAGGAGGAGAGUGAUCUGUGCGCCAGUUCGGAUGAGAGCCUGUGCAGAACCCAGAGCGGCGGUGACCCGUCUGCGGGGAAGAUCCACCUGUCGAUUAAAACCUCCUCCAGGGCGGUGAACGACCCCGCAGGCGUGUUUGACAAUAGCGCGCAGUGGCGCGCCAAACACCUUGGAGAUGGGAGCCAUUACUCCUUUGUGAACCCUGGCGCCAGAGCGGGGCCCCUGUGCGACAGGGGUCAAUAUUUCAUCCCGGCUCCGGGCCGUCAGCACCUUGCAACCAAACUGAGACGGAAAGAUAUUAAUGAGUAUUCCAGCGGAGCGUCCAGCUCUUUCAGUGAGCUGGACGACGCUGAUAAAGAGGUGCGUAACCUAACCGCCAAGUCUUUCCGAAGCCUGGCAUGUCCAUACUUUGAUGCCAUCAAUCUCAGCACUUCCAGUGAGUCAUCCGUGUCAGAAUAUGGCCUGAAUAAGUGGUCAGCUUAUGUGGACUGGAAUUAUGGAAAUAUUACACACAACGCCUCCAGUGCAACACUGGAAAUGAAUAAGACUGUGCAGGACAGCAGGAGGAACAACAGAUGCAAAACUGGCAUGAAAGAUCAACAGACAAGAAUCUGCGCCCUGAACAAGAGAAUUACUUCACAGCAGACAACAUCUUCAGGCAGAACGCUCCAAAUGCAGGAACAGUCAGCACAGCAAGGGGUCACACUAAAUUUUCACUGUAAUGUUGAAUCCAGAACUCCCCGGGGCCCCAAGUACUUCCAAACGGAUCGACCCAAUGAAAUGUUGGCCAGAUCGGGGUGUGAGAUGCAGUAUCAUCACACAGAGAGCUCGGGGGACACACACAAGAGGGCUAUUUUUGCCUCGAGUCUGCUGAAAAAUGUCAUCUCCAAAAAAAUGCAGUUUGAACAGGAACGCAAAAUGGAGAGGGGAGAAAUCUCAGACACUUACCCCUCAGGCUCCCCCUGUGUUCACUUUAGAGAUCUGGAGGGUGUGAAGGAGAGGAGUGAGAGCAGAGGCUUGCAGGGGCAAACCUCAGAAUUAGGAAACUCCGUAAACUCGCCUGAAGAUCACAGAUCCAGAUCCAGCUCCUGUGGGCCUGCAGAGGAGACAAAGGGUGACAGAAAGGCCGACAAUUCUUCAGGAGAGCAUCAGGAAACGCCACAGGAGCCGCAGUCCGGGAAGGAGGCAGAGGCAGCAAGAGAAGGACUGGACUCCAGCAGCGUUCUGACGAAGCUUCUGUUUGUUCCAAACUGCCAGCUUCUUUCAAAAGACGGAAACCUUGCAGAGGAUUUAACCCCCAACACACCCGGCACAGGUGCAAAGAUAUGCGAGAAAGACCUGCAAAAGCCGGAUGAUAAAAAUGCAGAAAGUAAAGAAAAACAUGAGAGGGUGGGGAAAGCACCUGAGAUCAAAAUCUGCCUGAGAAACGUGAAGGAAAACAAAGGCUGCACUCUGAAUAUUGCAAAUCUCCUAACACCCAAAAUCAGUAACAGCAUCAACAAAUACAGGGCAUCGGACAAUGGCAGGUGUCAUAUUUUAUCCUCAGGAUACAAGGCUCCGAGUUUCACCGUCAGAGACAUCAGGGACACAAAGUGCAAAUUUCAGACACCAAUAUAUCACGUCAGGGAUGUGCGUAAGCUAGUGAAAAGCUCGUAUCGUUUUGUCUCUUUGAACAGAAGUGAGCGUAGAUGUCCCACGGUGGCCGAGGAGAAAACCAAAGUGGAUCCAGAAAAACCAUCCCCCAUUGUGAUCAAAUGCAACUCUGUUAAAACAAACAUUAAACCAGAGACAGACGACACAACACGGGCACAAGUGGAGGUAGGCACCAUGCCUGACACUUCCUGUAGAGUUCCCACUCUUACGACAAGACAAGGAAAUCCCGAUCAGCCUGAGGUGCAUCAAAAUCUUGAGGCCAAACUGGAAAAACAGAGGCAGGAUAGGUUCACUGGGGAGACAAACGAAAGGAGAAAUGACCCUGCAAUGCCAAAACAGGAUGCCCUAGAAAAGCUCAAGGCUGCAGUUAAAACCAUGGAGCAGCUUUAUGUUUUUGACAGGAAUGAAUGGAAGCGUAAAACCCAAGCCUCUCACCCGGUCGCAGACAGCAACGUGCUGCCGCUCCUCACCGUUCAACGUCAGGGAGCUGCAGAUGAGCAGGAGGUGAAAAACAGUGGCAGGACACCUCAGUCUCUCACAGACGGCAAAGAAGUUCAGAAAAGCCAAGGAGACAGAAGAUCUCUGAAUAUCAUCCAUGUUCCAUACAACCAUGACACUUUUAAAACACAGUCGCAGCAAAGUAAAACCUUCACCAACAAAAGCGUCCUGCAUUUUGCCAAUAAGAAACACAGCAGCAUAAAUGAGCAAGGCUCUGCUUUGCAAGCAUCCUCUGUCGUGAGAUGCUCCAAAACGCCGGCGAUUAAACCAGGGUCUGUAAAAAUGGUGGAGCAGAACAAGGCCAAAUCCAGUUUCACAGAUCCCACCACUACAAAGGGUUUCCUGGACUCUGAGAACUACCUAACCAUGCCAGGGAUUGGCUGCACGAAUGAAACCAAGCUGCUCAGUCAGAAGGGUGAUAGCAAGGUGCCAGAGCAAAACACGUCACAUGUAACCAUGGACUGUCCAUCUGCAACUAUCUACCAUCUUCCAACAGCAGCGACAAGUCCUCAAAAUCAGCAGCAGGUGUUACGCUUCUCCCCGUCCACCAAUAUGUCCCCAACACCCUCCGGAGGAGAAAUGGUCCCUCAAACCCAGCGCAAGAUGCUCCUGGACCCCACAACUGGACAUUAUUACCUGGUGGACACUCCCAUUCUGGCCACCACCAAGAGACUUUUCGAUCCAGAGACAGGCCAGUACGUGGAUGUCCCCGUGCCUCACUCACCAAUCGCGUCCGUCACACCUGUACCUUUUUCGGUACCCCCACUAGCUCUUGCCCCCACCUACGUGGUCUACCCAGGCUUCAUCUCUCCUACGUUGGCAGCCCAGGCGGUGGUGCCGCAGUCCCCCUGUCACUCAGAGGAUGCAGCAGGAGAAAGAAUCAAAAGUAAUCCAAUGAGCCCAGGUACAGAGAAGGCUUACUACAGCGCGACGGCAGAGGCUCAGCAGGGGCCGCUUCAUCUGCCGCUGAGUUUGGGACACGUGUCCACUAAAGGAGGGCCUGGAAGCUCUGACAAAAAGGCACUUAUCAGCAUCACAACACAGCAGGGUCCAAGAAUCAUCGCUCCACCCUCGUUUGAUGGGAAAACUAUGAGCUUUGUGGUUGAGCAUCGGUGACCAAGAGGACUUCUCUUCAUACAUAUAGCUCUGCUGAGGAAUCCGCCUUCAUUCACUGUAAGUGGAGUUUUCAUCCUGUGACCCGCUCUCUGGACAACUUCCACCAUGAGCCCUUCACCCGUCUCUCUCUGUUCUGCUGUUAGUUUUUGUUUUCGUGUUUUGUUUUGUUUUUUUUCUGUAUGCAUUGUAGCACUUUAUAGAUAUGAAUCGUAGAGAUACUUUCCAUUCAGGUGCUGUGUAGAUUGGUCUGUAUUUAAAUGCCAUGUGUGCCCUGCAGUCUAUUCAAAAGGAAACAAGACAGUUCUGUCACAAUAAAGUGUUAUUUACGGCCAAUCUGUUUUAUUGAGACGUUAAUGGUAAUAUGUAUUUAAGGUUAGACUGUGUUUAUUUGAUAAAACACAAUAUUCUCACGUGAGUAAAAUUUAUGUACAUAAAAAAAAAUAAAAAGUAGCACAAUUAAAGUCAGAAUGUUUGUUUCUAGAACAUCGUAGUCUCGUGUCACCUGACUGAGUCUGAUGAUUGACAAUAAACACUAUUAUUACGCUAUUAUUAACUAUCUAGGUCAUGGCUUUUGAUAGAGGUAUCAUAAAGGUAUAACUUAAUACAAACCAAAUUUAUUGUCGAGACACAUUUGUUUGCUAGCUUGUGCUCUCAUCACUAUUUUAUUGACAGUUUGCUAAAAACAUAACUAAAAGGAAAAGUUUGUGAUUUCACCAGAGAAACUGUAGCAAACUGGAAGUUAAAUUGUUACAUUUUUCUCUUCCUGUUCGAUCCGUUAUUGACGGUCACAAGGGGAACAGAGUCAAUCAGGAAUUCAAAACAGUUUUUCUGGGGAAUCGUCCUGUUUGAUGUUACUGAAAUCCUGGAGCAAUCACAUGUUAUCACCUUGUGUUGCCUUAAUGUAUUUACAGUGACCUAGAAAAAAAAAGUCAUUUGUGUUUUUGUUGUCAAGGAUAUUCUAAAUGAAGUAGAGAUUGUCCAUUUGAAUGUGGCUUAAAUAAAAACAUAUAAGUUUAGGUA